AUGGCAGAUGAGCUGUGUUUCCCAUCCACUUGCGACAUCAAAAACAACUCAUGUUUCUUCUUCUAUGAUUUAUCCCUCCUCUGUUCCUUAAUCUUCUCCCACCCGCUCUAUUUCUCCUACUUCCUAUUCUUCUCUCCUUACUUGUUCAAAUUCAUCUUCUUCAUCUCCCCUCUCUUUUUCACCACCGCUCUCGUUCUCCUCCUUUCAUUCCUCACCACCACUUUUCCACAGCCGAAGCUCGGGAUCAUUCAAACCGUCGUGGACAAACUCCGAUCAAAAUUGAAUGACGUUGACGAAGAUGAGGACUUCUGUAAUUUUGAGGAUUUUGAGAUCUACAAAAUCGUGUUUCAUGAUCCGCCAUUGAUCACGGUCAGUGAUGGAGACGAUAAUGAACAAGUAUCGGUAAUGGAGAAUGCGGUUGCGGUUGCGGUUGCUGUUACUGUUCCGGAAAGUGAUCAUAAACAGGAGGAGUUGAGAAGUUUGGAGUGUUUAUUCGAAGAACUGGAUCGAUUUGAAGAUUCCACGACGGCGGUUGAGACGGCAGAGAAGGAAAGUAGUUCAGAUCUCGAAAGAAUCGUUGGAGAAUUACAGAAACCAGAGCCAGUGGUGAAGAAAAAACUCGGAAGCAAAUCCAUGGCGGUCGUCGAAGCCGAAGCCGAUCAAAAACCUUAUGAAAAGUCAUUUUCCUUGAAAUCAAAUUCAUGUCGGGUAGAUUCCUCAAGCAGCAUCGGGAGCUACGGAUCAAUGAGGAAGGAGAAAGAAUGGAAGCGGACAUUAGCAUGCAAGCUGUUCGAAGAAAGGCAUAACUCAGAAGGAGGUGAAGAAGGCAUGGAUUCGCUUUGGGAGUCUUACGAAGAGGAUAAUUCGAGCAGGAAAUCGAAGAACAGGAAGGAACCCAUGUCGAUCAACCAGAAGAAGACGAAGAAGAUCGAAUUCAAGUACUUUGAUGACGAUUUUGAGGAAGACGACGAUGAUGAAGAGGAGUUCAUGAGCAAUGGGCAGCUUUGUUGCUUGAAAGCAUUGAAGUUAUCAGCAGGGAAGAUGAAUUUGGGGAUGGGGAAGCCAAAUCUUGUGAAGAUUUCGAAAGCUCUCAAAGGGUUUGGUUGGUUGCAUCAUGUUGGUAGCAAAAAUGGUAAAAAAAAUUAG